AUGACCGCUUCCGUCGUACCUCAGGAUGAUUUCCUUAUGGCAGUAUGGAGUAUUCAGGUGCUGAAUUAUUCCGAUGUCGUGGUGGCUACUCUUUUGGUUUAUGAUUCAUUGUUAAGAUUCCAACAAGAUGCAGCUUUUCUCGCCCAAGCCAACAUGAAUGUUCCAAAACUUCUGUAUAUUGGAGCUCGCUAUAUGCCAUUGUUGAUGCCUAUUCCUAAUCUCAUGUUUGACCUAGUCCCUCACAUGAAGGAUGUUGACUGCCAGACUUUAGGUGAUCUUGCAGCAGCCUUCAGCAUGAUGGUAGCAUUCUGCGCAGAAUGCAUCUUCGUACUCCGAACCUGCGCUAUGUGGGAGGUGAAGCGCCCUCUACGUUGGAUUAUGUUCAUGAUCGUAUCUGGUAUGGCAGUUGCCGGGUUAAUCAUAUUCAGUUUUGUCCCGAAGCAAUACGUGGUUGUACCUGAUAUUUCGACAUGCCAACCAUUUCAAACUGCAAAAACACCAGGGUUAUUGGCGGCGUUCCUAAUGCUCCUGAUGUUAGAAUUUGUCCUUGUUGUUUUUACCACUAUAAGGGCUGCAAAGAAUUACAGAUCGACACCGAUACCACUCCUUACACGUCUCCUCGCGCACCAUAUAUUUUACUAUGGCUGCGGAUUGCUCUUCAGCACUAUCAAUGUCCUGUGUUUGGCAUUGUUCGAAUAUGAAAAUGCCGCAGUUUUCUUCAGCCCCCAAAUAAUAAUGCAUGCAAUCUUGGCAACACGUAUGCAUUACCAGCUCUGGGAGUCCGAGAAUGUUCGAAAGAGUGAUCAAUCAGAGGAGCACCCUAUGUCGUCGCUACGUUGGCAACCCCCAGAAGAGAUUGCGACGUCUUAG